ACUGAAAUUGAUCAGGUGAUCUUCAGUGUGAUCACGAGACUGUUCAACGACAAACAAAUAAAGCCUUCGCCUUGAAAAGUGACGUAUGAUUGUUGACACAGUGUUGGACUUUGAUAUUUGGGUCAUUGUUUGUUACAAAAGCGAGAAAAUAAUCCAGCGAUAUGACAGACAGAAGUUCAAGAUCAGUAUCAUACGGCGGUGUGGAAUCGCAUUAUACAGCAAGAGACGAGAUAAACGAAGGCGAAGCUGGAUCGAGAGGCGGCAACAACAUGACGGUGAGCGCAGAGAUUUCCAACGGGGGCCGGGCCGCUACCACUACAGCUCCUGGUCCGACGAGUGGGACGUCUGGGGACGAGAGUACUCCACUGCUCCGAUACGAAUUGAACAGGAGUAUUUCAAGAAAUCCCAUCAACAGUGCUCGAAAUUUGUCCACCUUAUUUGGCUGUUUUAUGCCAUGUGUGCUCUCUAUUUUCAGUGCCAUUCUCUUUUUGCGUGUUGGUUUCGCCAUUGGUCAUGCUGGCCUGUUAGAGACAAUUGGCAUGUUCACACUGGGAUACUUCAUCGUUCUACUGACUGUUCUCUCGCUGUGUGCAAUCUCAACAAAUGGAGCAGUGGAAGGAGGUGGAGCAUACUUCAUGAUCAGCCGUGCAUUGGGACCAGAACUCGGAGGCAGUAUCGGGUUCAUAUUUUACCUUGCUAACGUCUUCUCCUGUGCUUUCAACGCUAGUGCUUUCACUGAGAUUCUAGAAGAUAAUUUUGGAGCGUCUGGGUCUCUUGUUCGUAAUGGCAUUCCAACUGGGGGACCAAACAAGCGCUGGUGGACCUUUCUUUACAGUUCCUCAGUCUUAAUGUUCUGUUUUCUGGUGUGUCUCAUCGGAGCAAAGAUGUUCGCCCGGACCACGGGUAUCAUCUUCCUUACCGUCCUGGCUGCCAUCGUCACCGUCAUAGUCAACGCUUUUAUCCGGGAACCGUUUGAAGUUCAUUUGCCUACAGACAAUCCGCUGAUUGCGGAGAAUGCAACGGCCAACUAUACGGGGCUCAGCCUUCAAACUCUAGAGGAUAAUCUGUUUGAUAAUUAUACAAAGGAUUACACCACACUUGAGCCUCAGACUUUCUUGACUGUGUUUGCUAUCGUCUUCAAUGGCAUCACGGGAAUUAUGGCCGGGGCUAAUAUGUCAGGUGAACUCCGCAACCCGGGACGAGCGAUCCCCUUAGGAACCUUGGGAGGGUGUGCCUUUACAGCAAUCAUUUACAUCAUUGUAUUUCUUCUUGUCGCUGCAACCUGUACCAGGGAUCUGUUGAUAAAUGAUUACAAUUUCCUGCAGCAUGUCAACGUAGUCGGUCCCCUGAUUGCUGUAGGGGUCAUCGCAGCGACCCUCUCGACCUCUCUCAGUACUCUGAUUGGUGGAUCAAGAGUCCUUGUUGCUCUGGCUAAGGAUAGGGUUUUUGGAUCUGUGACCAACCCGAUAGCUAGAGGAGUUACUAAGGAUGGCAAUCCAAUAGCAGCUCUCAUUGUGUGUUGGUUUAUGGUACAGAUGGUCCUCUUCAUAGGAGAACUGAAUGCCAUAGGUCCGUUGGUAUCAGUCUUCUUUCUACUCUCCUAUGCAUGCGUCAACCUCGCCUGUCUAGCGUUGGAAGUCGCUUCCGCUCCAAAUUUCAGGCCAUCGUUCAAAUACUUCUCCUGGCACACUUCACUGCUUGGUAUGAUAGGCUGUAUCAUCAUGCUCUUCCUCAUUGAGCCCAUCUGGGCGUUCGCAGCCAUAGGUCUCUUCAUCUUCCUCCUCGUAGUCGUCAUCAUCUGGGGGCCUCACAACCAGUGGGGCUAUGUCAGCCAGGCACUUAUCUUCCAUCAGGUUAGGAAAUACCUUCUAUUGCUAGAUGUCCGCAAGGCCCAUGUCAAGUUCUGGAGACCGCAGAUCCUACUCCUGGUCUCCAACCCUCGCGCUUCCACCCAACUCAUACGCUUCGUUAACGACAUGAAGAAGAGCGGCCUCUACGUGAUAGGGCACGUCAAGACAGGAUUUUUUGACGAGUUUCCCUCCGAUCCCGUACAGCAAGAAUACCCAGCCUGGCUCUAUCUGGUGGAAUCGCUCAAAGUGAAGGCUUUCGUCGAACUGACGCUGGCUCCUACUGUACGGGAGGGAGUCACACAUUUGAUGCGCAUCUCUGGGCUAGGUGGUAUGAAACCAAACACAGUCGUAAUGGGUUUCUAUGACGACAAGAUACCCGUCAACUCACUCAGCCAAUCCCAGGCUGAGAAACAAUCUCGCUUCCGCUUCAACACAGACGAUGAAGAGGAGGAGAUGGGGAAUGUGCUGACCCAGUUCCCCAAGCUACGGGCAGAGACCGAGACCAAGGCUCUAUCGGCCGACCAGUACGUCUUGAUGAUCUGCGACGCAAUGCGACUGCGCAAGAACAUCUGUCUGGCGCGUCACUUCUCAUCUCUAGACAUGGAUGCUCUCCUGGACAGCUCUAAGGACUCUUACAUUGAUGUCUGGCCAGUCAACUUCCUCAAGCCCGAGCUAGCCGGUUACCUAGACACUGCUUGCAUAUUCCUCCUCCAGCUGGCGUGCGUCCUGCACAUGGUCCCCAAGUGGAACCGUCACACGCGACUCCGCGUCUUCCUCUGCGUAGACUCGGACUACCAAUCCACCCAGAAGAAGAAGGACAAGCUGAACAAGUUCCUGGUCGAUCUCCGCAUCCACGCGGAGGUCGUCACCGUUCCAUGGAACCAUAUAACGUCACUGAAGACCUACCAGAUGAACUUGCCGAAUGGCGAUGCUGCUCCAAGCCUCGUCAGGUCUAUAUCUGAUGAGUAUCUACUUGCACUGAAUCGGAUGGUGAAGGACCACACAGCGUCUACUGCUGUCGUCUUUGGUUAUUUACCCCUCCCUCCAGCGGACCCACAGUACCACAUGACAUAUUUACACCAUUUAAAUCUCUUAACCAAAGACCUACCACCAUCGGUGCUUGUGCAUGGCUUCAGUGAAGUAACCUCAACUGUAAUGUAAUACUUUCAAAUCAAACUAGUACUUCAAAUAAUGAACAGUGUUUUAAAAAGUAAGAAAUAUAAUCAUGUAUUUAUACACUUUUUAUGCAUCUUCGUAUUUAUGAACCAAUUUUUAUACUUAUUUGCUCGCUCACUGAAAGGUUAAUGGAGGAUUGCUUUUUAGAUGAUGUUUGUUUGGAAAUUGAGUGCAAUAAUAUGUGAAAUUGUGAUGACACAUCGUAUCAAGUGUUGGGAAUAGUUUCCCCGGCUAACCAGUUGGUAGGAUUUAUUCUCUAUUUUAGCUGUUAUCUGCCCUUGCCUGAUGAGUUUGUAUUGGGUUAGUUUGUUCCAUAUGUCUAUGGUGGCAAUACUUUGUGUGCAUCAGCAGGGGACUAAAUCGGUUUUAUAGUCAACCCUAGACAGCUGGCAGCCGUCUGUUUCGAGGUGAUUUUUAACAUUUUUUAAUUUUUCUAUUUCUCCUCGUACACAGACGGCUCGCGAUCGUACAACCACCAUUAGGAGUUAACAAUGCAAAAUCUCUCCGACGGGGCUCAUUGAUUUUUGUCUUAAUUCAUUAAAAUAUAUAAAAAGAACUGGACCAAAAUAAAGAUAUUUAUUCCGUAUUGGCCUGAAAUGCACCAAAACGGGAAAAAAAUAAACUUAAAAGGGGAAAAAACAGUGACUUACUUCGGCUGUCGUGCAACUCCCACUUCCUUGGUUUGUCCGAACUUAAUACAUAAACUUAUGGCCAUUGAGUCCCUGUACAUAUAGAGUUAGAUCUUCGGUCUCUGUAAUUGGUGAGUGGAGUCAGCGGAACAACUAAUAUAACAGAGACCGAAGCUUUUGUUCUAAGUCAACCCUAACUAGGCCAGGCUAUUUUGGUAGUUUAUAAUGCAGGGGAGAGGCCUCCAAGGCCCCACCCUCUUGUUCUCUGCUGUCAACUUCUCGAUCAUGCCAAAAAUUGACAUGUAUGUUUUGAAAAAUUGUAUGAUUUCAUUGGUUAUGCUAAUUUAUACAUGAAAUCAAGAGUUCUGCUGUGAAUCAAGGUCAGGACCAAAUAUCAUAAUUUAGGGUCCAAUCCCAAUUUGAGACCUCUUACGUAAUUUUUUUUUUUAAUGUGAUAUCAAAAGUACAUGUAAUUUCCUGUGAAUUUUGAUUUGUGAAUUUCUGGGGCGGUAUUCUGAACAUUGUCUUUUCUCCAUAUUUUAUCUUUUCUCAGAGAUAUGACAAAAUCGGUAUCCUGGUGGAUGUCAUAACUUUUGUCACAAAAAUUGUCAUAAAUUUUGUCUCUUCUCUUUAGCGCGCACCAAAAAUACGCGGCUUUAAAUGCGUGUAAUCCUUUCAUACGAUCAAAAGAUAUGACAGGGGGUAGCAGUCAUAAAUUUUGUCAUAUCUUAUAGUACCAAAUAUCCCGAUACACUGCCGAAUGAAUGUCUAGCAUACAAUAUUAUUUAGAUUAGAUUGUGGUAUUAGUUUCACUCAUCAUCCAUGACAAUUUUCAAAAUUAUUUUUUCAUGCUACAAUUAAUUAGGCCCUACAUAUUAAUUCCUCCUUUUUUUCUCUGUUUUCCUUCUUUUUCUACUUCUCUAAAAUCCUUCACAGCUCCGUCUCUCUUUGUAAUUAAGCGCAUCAAUAUUUGCAUAGUUGCGCGAUGCCAGUAACUGUAUUGGGGAUACGCCCUACCUGUCGCGGGGCCUUCCUAUUGGCUAGAAGGGCUCCCACUGGGAACUAACAAUGAUUUUGAUUGGUUUACUUCCGAAAAGAUGGGCGGGAACUUUGAGAGAUAUGACAGGGAAAAGACAAUGUUCAGAAUAACGAUUUUUGACAAUCAUAGCGGUGUCACAACUUAAAGAGAAAUGACAAAAUUUAUGACAAAAGUUAUGACAGUGUUCCAGAAUACCACCCCUGAUGUUUUUCUUUGGCUAGUUAGACAGUAACUUUUAUUGAAAUACAUUUAUGCAGGUACAUGUAGAGUAUUUGGGUUUUUCAGAUAUAUUCAAUCUCCUUAUGGGUAUGUCUCUUACAUAUUUUUAAUCAGUCAUGAAGGUCAGCUGCAUCAGUACUGUUAAAAGACCCUAUUCAGAACCAUAGAAAGUUAUUACAAGAAUGCAGCAGUUUUUAAUUCAAAUUCUAAUUUGAUUUUGUAUACUUUAAAGAUAUGCAGACAUUUUUAUAUUUAUGUGCCUUUUCUAUGAUCUUUACUUUCAUACUUUGUGAACGUUAUUUAUGAAUUACUUCCUCCAAUGUUAAGUAGCCUCCUGUGCAUGUCAUAAGUGAGGGAAGGAAAAUUCUUCUUUCUUCUCUCCCUUCUUUUUCCUCACCUCCUUGCCAUAUCUUUCUCCUCCUUCCUCCCUUCUCCAAUUUCUAUUCUUUACUCUUCUUUUCCUCUCAUCUUUACUCUUCUCCUCAUCAUCAUCAUUCUUAUGAUCCUACUUCUCCUCUUUCUCUUCCUUCAUCCCCUUCUCCUUGUUCUCUUCCUCCUUACUUUUCUUCUUCUUCCUCCUUCUCCUUCCCCCUUCUCCUUUUCCACUUUCAAACAAAAAUGAUGAUUCCAAAAUUGUACUUACCUGUUAUUAGCAGUAACAUAUUAUAUCAUGCACUUGAAACAUACAAACAGGUAUGACAUCAUAGAAUGUGACAAUGAAUGUGUAAACACAUUUGAUGUGAUUGUAUAUCAAUAAUAUACCAGUAUGAAACUUCUUUAAAAAUGUUGAUAUAGAUGUUGAGGUAUACAAUGAAUUCAGUAAUGUAAUACCGGUAUGAGACUUUUUAAACAAUGUUAAUACAGAUAUUGAGGUGUAUAAUAUUUAAUUUAUAUAUGUACAUGUAUACUAAUCUGAAAUCAUAUUGAGCAAUCUAUUUUUAUUACAAGUUAGGGUAUAUGUUCAAAUUUCCUAAACAAUAUAUUUCAAAAUAUAGAGUAUACUUAUCAUCAAUUGUCACAAGGACAAAAUACAAGUCCAUACAAAAGUGCAAGAAAAUAAAAAGCAGAUUUGUUUUUUCACAUGCCCCACACAUGGUCAUUUUUACCUACAUAAUGUGAUUUUCCUUUGGCUCUGUUGAUAUGUUACGUUUUUGUUAAUUUUUUAUAAUACAUAUUCAUAUUUUAAGGACAAAUUUUACUUGAAACUAAAAUCUCAAUUGAAAUAUUGAAAUUUCUUAAAAUGUACAAUGCUUACUGUUAUAAAAUUUAUUAAAGAUUUUGCUUUUUAUAAAUGUACAUCUAGUAAGAGUGUUCAGUAUCCUUUAUACUGUAUGAAUGUGGAUAUUUUCUUCUUUAAAAUUGAAAAGGUAAAUUUAUUUUUUAAAUGCAAGAGCAAGAAUAUAGUGAUUUGUGUUAUUUUGAUUGUAGUUAUGGGAAAUAAAAUAGCAAUAGGUUGCCAUUGGUAUACAUGUACCUGGGAGUGUUUCACAAAGAGUUAAGUAUGACAUUAAGUCACACUUAAAUGUCCAGUUGCGCGCCAUUUAAAAGGCAUCACCACAUUGGUCAAAUCAUACAAUCAUUAACAUUGCGCAUUAUAUGAUAUGUGCACGUCGGCACUUAACGUGACUUUAAGUCACUCAUGCACCGAACUCUUUGUGAGACAGCCUCAAUACUUUGUGACCGAGUGUUGUUGCAUCAUGUCUGUUCGAACCUUGACACAUCUUUUCAAUGAACAGAUGACAAACAAGGAUACUUGCUUUGGCAAACAAAUUGUGGAAAACAUUGUACCACUGGAAUAUACGGUACAUCAUGCAAUUUUAAUGAAACUUUUCAGAAAACAAAAGAAAAGUAAUGAGUCUAACAAAACAUUUUUCAAUGAUAAGAAAAGGAAUACUAGUAGUUCUGGAACUAUGAACAAAAUACUAAAAUAAAAUGAAAAAUUGCCAAAAGUUCAAAGUAGACUUUCAUUAGUUCCUAUGCAAGAUGUGUCUUAUUAAGUGUUUUCAUGUUUCUUUAGAAUUCAAAAGACAACUACGACUUGUACACAGGCAAGAUAUUAUUACAACAGAAUAUAA